GGCUUCCCUUUGAGCCGGAACAGGAUGACUGGGUUGACUGACGGCAGGCGCCGAGCGGACCAAUCGGUUGUCCAGAGUGAGACGUUGGCGUUUGAAAUCAGCCAAUGACGGGCUCCCGCUGGAGCUUCCUCUCCGCCUCUUUCGCCUUGCCUGCAAGUGCUCGGAGAGUGUCGAGGCGGCGGGAACGGCCGUGGCGUUUCUUUUGAGGGGCGCGCAAGAUGACCGGAUCGAACGAGUUCAAGCUGAACCAGCCGCCGGAGGAUGGCAUCUCCUCGGUGAAGUUCAGCCCCAACACCUCCCAGUUCCUGCUGGUGUCCUCCUGGGACACGUCGGUGCGCCUCUACGAUGUGCCCGCCAACUCCAUGCGGCUCAAGUAUCAACACACGGGCGCCGUUCUGGACUGCGCCUUCUACGAUCCAACUCAUGCCUGGAGUGGGGGUUUAGAUCAUCAACUGAAAAUGCAUGAUUUGAAUACGGAUCAAGAAAAUCUUGUUGGGACCCAUGAUGCACCUAUCAGGUGUGUUGAAUACUGUCCAGAAGUGAAUGUGAUGGUUACUGGAAGUUGGGAUCAGACAGUGAAAUUGUGGGAUCCUCGAACUCCUUGUAAUGCUGGAACCUUUUCUCAGCCCGAAAAGGUGUACACUCUCUCAGUGUCUGGGGACCGACUGAUUGUGGGGACGGCAGGCCGCAGAGUGCUGGUAUGGGACUUAAGGAACAUGGGCUACGUGCAGCAGCGGCGUGAGUCCAGCCUGAAGUACCAGACGCGCUGCAUACGCGCCUUUCCUAACAAGCAGGGUUACGUUUUAAGCUCCAUUGAAGGUCGGGUGGCUGUUGAGUACUUGGACCCAAGCCCUGAAGUACAGAAGAAGAAGUAUGCCUUCAAAUGCCACCGGCUGAAAGAGAAUAACAUUGAGCAGAUUUACCCAGUCAAUGCCAUCUCCUUCCAUAACAUCCACAACACGUUUGCCACAGGUGGUUCUGAUGGCUUUGUAAAUAUAUGGGACCCAUUUAACAAGAAGCGACUUUGCCAGUUCCACCGUUACCCCACCAGCAUUGCCUCCCUCGCCUUCAGUAACGACGGGACGACGCUGGCUAUUGCGUCAUCGUACAUGUAUGAGAUGGAUGACACAGAGCAUCCUGAAGAUGGCAUCUUCAUUCUCCAAGUGACAGAUGCAGAAACCAAACCCAAGUCACCCUGUACUUGAUGAGAUUUGACUUCUCGAAGUGCCAUGUUGGUGAUAAUAAAACUGGUCCUCCUCCCCAGUGCUGGAUUUAGUACUUUUAACAACCCAGGGAAGAAUACUCAUUGGAAUGUUAUAAGAACCUGAAAAUAAUGGAAAAGAGGCUUUUAUGGACUUGUUUUUUUUUUAAACACUUGCUUGAGUACAUGAGAUAGCUUGAUGGUUGGCUGCGUUCAAGGUAUUUGGACAAACAGAAUGGGAGGGCAGUGAGUGCGCUGUGGAGAAUCAAUUUGACCUUGGUGAUUUU